CAAACCAUGAUCUCACCCUUGUUCUCCGCCUCGCAUUCGGCCAAAUGGGAGCGUGGUACAUUUCAGCAAACGGGCAUACACGGGGAUGACGACGAAGACGCGCUUGCGGGCUCCAGCACACCUACCACGAGCACCAGCGACAGACCCAUGCACACGCGAUACGCGUCUGAGCCGACUUGGACCGUGGAAGGGUCGAGCAUAAGAGCGCGGAGGGAGGGCAAGAGGCGGCGGACGCGGUUCGGGGUCCAGGGCGAGGCGGACGAUUCACCCUCACCGUCACUUCUGGGAAAGAACCUGGAGCCUUUGGGGCCUACAGCGCGCGUCGAACUCGGCGCCGCAUUCGCGUCGCGGUUGUCACAGUACACCUCCUCUCCGCUGUCGACGCCACGAAAGGGCGUUCAUGAUGAGUGGGGGAGGGUACGGGGACAGGAGGGCAAGGACGAUGACGAGGAGUUCCGUUGGGAGAAGGCGAGCACGGUGGUUUCGGCGACGCCGGGUGACGCCGGAGGGGUGUGCUGGUGUGGUUAUCAUACGUUGGGCAAUGGGAAGGGUACUUCCCCUCACCUUCACCCCCGUUCUUGUCACUCUUGCGCUCACCAUCCCUCAAUAUCCCCUCGACCAGCUCCCGCAGCGUCCCCAGCACCGGAUCCGCCGCCCUCCCCGGCCCUUAGGCGCCCCACGAGCCGGUCCGCUCUCCUGAUGAAUAUCGCAAGGUUGUCUUGCAGGCUCAGCCGGCGCUGGUCUUUGAGCCCCCCAUUCGCAUUCGCCGCUGCUGUCCCCGGUGCCACGUCUGCAUUCGAAGCGCCCGAUCCCGCAAUGCUAAUGCUGGCGCCGGAUCGUGCACGGACAUAUCCGCGAUGCCGUUCGCGAGCGCGUGCGAGCCGGUAAGGGACGCACUGGAGCCCGCGGCGGCUGGCUGCGUGAGGAAGCUGAGCGCGCCGUUCUAGAUGAGGGGCGUAUUGAGCGCGAACUGGUCGAGCUUCGCGCACACUAUGUCUAUGCCACUCCCUUUUCCAGCUCCAGAAUCACAGCCAUCAUCCGCGCCCGCUCCUACAAAAAAGAAGGCACCAAUCGAACCAUCUGAGGCUAUCGAGCCUCCCCCCAUCUCGGACGGACCUCCCGCAUACUCCGAGGAACCGCCCUCAUCGCCUCCCCAAUCUAAUUCGUC